AUGUCUACUGCCACGACUUCUCUCUCCAACACCCUUCCAUCCUCCAUACCCAAGCUCGAUGCGAGCAGCUUGAAUUGGGCAAUAUUUGCCGUCCAAUUCCAAGAUGCUGUCGAGGCUAAAGGCUUCUGGGGUCACUUCAUUGGUACCGACCCUCGCCCUGUUCCUGCAGCCACUCCUACCCCUGCCCCUACCCCCGCUACUGUUACUGCCUGUGCCGCGACCGCAGCUGUUGUGGGCGCUGCCCCUCCAACCAUUGGUGCGACGGCGACCCCUACCGCGGCUGAGAUAGCUGCUAUGGAGAAGUGGGACAAGGACGAGCGUGCGGCGAAGUCUUUACUCACCCAGAGGAUUCCCGAUUCGAUGUUGAUGCGUAUCCACUGGAAGAAGACCGUCUUCGAGAGGUGGUCCACCAUUGUCAGCGAGUACACGGAGAAGGGCGCUUAUGCGCAAACCGAGAUGCGUAUGAAGUUCUUGGGGUCGAAGUGCCCUGACAAGGGCAACGUGCGCGAGUUCCUGGAUUCCUUGGCCACCAAGAGGGAACAGCUUGCUUCGGUUGGUGUCGACAUUGGUGAGAAAGACUAUCGCUCGACCAUCCUGCAGUCCCUUCCUAUCCCACUCUCAAACUUUGCAUCGGCGCAGCUUGCUGCUGCCCGAAUGUUCUCCCCAACUGGUACCAUUGCUCCUGACACCCUCAUUUGGCUUAUCGGUGAGGAGUAUGACCGCCAGAAGUCCCAACGUUCUGGGCGCUCGGGAAAGGCGAGGGAGGAUGACCGUGACGAGGUGAUGGCAGUCUCAUCGAACACUUUGAACAACAUGGGUGGUGGACAGGCUGUGAAUGGUGGAGGUGGCUCAAGCAGGGGGUGCUGGAAGUGUGGCAACCUUGGUCACUGCAAGAGUCAGUGCCCGAAAAUGAGGAAGAUUGUCGACAAGUUGACUCAGAAGGCAGCUUCUUUGAAGGCGGGUGGGUCUGCGAAUGUGGUUGAGGUUGAGGAGGGGGACAGCGAUGGUGUUUUUGUGGUCAUGGUCGAGUCUGAUGAUGAAAUGUCAGUGCAUGGUUCAAUGCCAGGGCUCCAGUCAAAUACCAACACGGUGACGGGGAGUGACGAUUAUUCCGACGCCGACAGCGACUCCCUCCUGGUGCCUCACCAGUCUGAUGCGCUGAUGGACAGUGACUGGUUCUCGGAUGUCGGAAGUGACGCUGGAGACUAUGACAACCCAUUCUGGAGCUCUGAGGAUGGAUCCAACGAGGAGGAGGAGAGAUUGAUGGCUGAGUUCUACGCCAUCAUCAACACCGUCAAGGAGAAAUUUGACUUCGUCAACCUCACGGAAAUCCCACCGCAAACACUUCGCGGUGCCAACAAAAACAACUUCAGUGCUACUGGGGUUGGCGAGCUCAUCAUCGACGUACCUAGCGGUGUCAAUAUGAAGCAGCUCCACCUCACAGAGGUGCUCUACUCUCCCGAAGUUGGCUAUACGCUUGUCUCCAUUGGGCGGCUUGAUGAGAAGGGGUUCUCAGCAACAUUUGCACACGGGAAGUGUGUUAUUCGAGGACCAAAGGGUGAAGAGGUUGGCGAGGUGGCAAAGAACGCAAAGGGCUUGUACCACGUUGAGCAUGACGACGACACGGUCAAUUCAGCGAUCGAGACGAUCACUUUGGACCAGUUCCACCAUCGCAUGGGCCACAUAUCACCUGAGGUUGCUCGUCGACUUGUAUCCAACAAGUUUGUGACAGGUGUUCGUCUCACAACAAUGUCGACGUCUGGUGAUCCUUUCUUCUGCGAAUCGUGCAUUUAUGCCAAGGCGACAAGGAAGUCGGUGCCGAAAGAGAGAGCUAGGGAGAGGGCAAGCGAGUUUGGUGGUGAGGUUCAUUCGGAUCUCUGGGGACCAGUGCCUGUUUCUACAUGGGGCAGUCGGCGCUACUAUGUCACCUUCAUUGACGACAAGACACGACUCACUCACCUCUACCUCAUGCGCAAUAAGUCUGACACUUUUGCCAAGUACAGGGAGUACGAGGCUCGCGGCACGGCGAGGAAGCAAACCGUCCAUGAUACCCCUGCCCAAAAUGGUGUUGCGGAACGUCGUAAUCGCAUCAUCAUGGAGCGCGUUCGAGCGCUAUUGCACAGUUCUGGUCUGCCAAAGUUUCUUUGGGGCGAGGCUGCUCGCCAUGUCAUUUGGUUGUUAAAUCGGACGUCGAUGAAGGUGGUGGAUGGCAAAACCCCCUAUGAGGCGGCUUUUGGGAAGAAGCCUGACCUCCGCGAGGUACGUGAGUGGGGCGAGAAGGUGUGGGUGCGCGUCGAGGGAGGGAACGAGUUGGGUGGGUGGGUGCGAGAGGGGCGUUGGAUGGGUUUGGAUGAGAAGUCAAAGGGUGUGAGGGUUUAUUGGCCUGACAAGAGGACCGUGAUGGUGGAGCGAAAUGUCUAUUUUGACAAGACAGCCUCAUCAGUCAGCCGUCUCGAGGGGGAGGACUGGGAAUUCAUUGAAACGACGCCUGAUUCGAUGCUGGAUGGACUUACCAGCACCCCAUCUGUCAAUACACAAGCUUCUACGUCCGCACCAACUCCUCUCGUGACACCUGCAACCACUAUCCCUGCUCCCACAGACCCCACGGACUCGAACACGUCAAAUUCUAGCGACCACGAGACGCUGUCAGAGCCCGAAACUCGCUCAAAACGCACUCGGAAGCAGGUUUUGGGUUUCCGCCCCAUGCACCUCGCGAGCGAUUCGAUUUCUUUCUCCGACCGUAUCAAGCCGUAUCAGGGCUUCUUGGUGGCGCGGUGGCGCAGCACGCCUUUUGUUCCCAACCACCAUCGUCAACGACCCCUCUCCGCCUCCCUCCCUGCUCUUCCUUCUCCUCUUCGCGUUCCCGCUCCUUGUAGCCCCUCCACACUGCUGACGGCCCCUCUCCGCGAUGAAUAUUGCGCGUUUGUGUCGACGCGCGCCUGCCUCAAAUGCAAGAACAUGGGAGUGAGGAGUGGCACGGAGCGCACAUCUCUCGUCGUUCAAGGCGCCCCUCUCCCGACACUACGCGUUAAUCGACACAGAAACACACAUGACACAUGCUGCAAUGAAAGCCAGAUCCAGGGAACGGGAGGUAGCACGGUCCGUGUAUGA